AUGGACAAACAAUAAAUACUGAUUUCAUCCAAACAAGACCUUUGGGAUCUAUAAACUCAAGUUAGUUACUAAAUUAAAGAUAAUUGUCAAUUAUUGAAAUUAAUUGAUGAGACAAAUGAAAAAGUCAUAGAAAAACUUAUAAAAUAAUAAGAAAAACUUUAAAUACUAAUCAAUAAAUUGGAUUACUUUCAAAUAUAACCAAAAGUCAGCUACCUUGAUUCAAUUUUGAAACAUCAGUACUAAUACGAAUUAAAAUUAUCUGAAGAUUUAGAAUUGCCAUGUUAUAGAAAUCGAAUAUUUUCCAUUCGUUUUAAUCUCAUGUAUCAAGACUAAAUAUUCAUUAAUGCAAACAAAAUCAUAGUUGAACUCGAGAUGUAUUAUAAUUAAAUUAUUUCUAAGUUGGACAUAUGACGAAUUACCAAAAAAGUUGUAGCAUAACAAUCAAGGAGAAUCAAUAUAUAAAGGCUGUUAAUAAGCAUUUAUUAAAGAAGGAGUAGGACGUCUUAACAAAAUUUAGAUAAAGGAAGUAUCCUCUCAUUUUCCAAGAGGAUAAUUUGUACUAGUAAUUGUACCAGUAAAUGAUCAUGGUGUAAUCGGGAAUCAAAAGUAAUUAUUUAUUAUUAAGGUAUAUUAGAUUAGGUUAGAUCAAAAAAGAGUGGAUCAAACCAUUAGUCUUAUAUGAAUUUGUUGUUAAAGCAAAAAGAUUCUCAAAUCGUCAUAUUCCUUAUUUCAUUCGAAAAGAUGGAAGUAUUAGCAUGAAACCUAUCUGA